AUGCUUGAGUCAUUGGUGGCAGGUGUUCUUAAUAGGACUUUGGGGAAUUAUGUUGAGAACUUCGAUACAAAGCAAUUAAAUAUUGGUAUCUGGUCUGGGGAUGUUACAUUGAAAAACUUGAAGCUAAAAAAAGAAUCUUUAGACGCUUUGGAAUUGCCAAUUGAUGUACAGUAUGGAUUCUUGGGGCAAUUGACCCUUCAAAUCCCUUGGUCAAAUCUCCGUGGGAAACCCGUAAAAGUUAUAAUUGAGGAUGCCUAUCUUUUGGCCACCCCAAUGCUAGUAGAUGAAUAUGAUGAGGAGAAGAUCAAGGAACGUGAGUUAUCAUUAAAGAGGAAAAAGUUGCAAGAUUUAGACCUCAUUGAGGAAAAUAAGUUGAAGCUUGCAAAACAAGAAGCCCUCGAUCCGACUUUGGAUGACCAAUCUAAAAAACAAGAAAGUUUCACUGAGAGUUUGAUAACUAAAAUUGUUGACAACUUACAAGUUACAAUAAAGAAUAUUCACUUGAGAUAUGAAGAUGCAUCAGUUUUCACAAAUGCUCCAUAUUCUGUGGGUAUUACAUUAGAUGAAUUAUCUGCGGUUUCCACAGACGGAACUUGGGUUCCAAGUUUUGUUUCUCUUACAAAUUCAUUUGCACGAAAGUUAUUGACAUUGAAAUCUUUAAGUUGCUACUUUAAUAGUUAUUCAACCUCCUUGAUCGAUAUGAAUAAGGAAUUUAAUGAGGAAGAAUUGCUACUACUGUUCAAGAAGUUGAUCGCCAAAGAAAGUGAUGAUAAUGAGAAUAUUGAAAUUUUUAAGAACCAUCAUUUCCUUCUUCGGCCAGUGACUGGAAGUGGGAAAAUUACAAUUAAUAAACUUGGAAGUACAGAGCUAGACCCGCAUAUUUUGUCGGAGUUAUUCUUCAAAGAAUUUGCAGUCAACUUGAACUCAGAUCAAUAUCGAGAUAUAUUGAAUACGGCUUCAAAUUAUAGAUUCUAUGUUAAAACGUUUAAAUUUAAGAAGUUCCGUCCACCCAAAUCCAUGAAACCUAUGGAACAUCCAAGAGAGUGGUUUCAAUAUGCAGCAAGAGCAGUUUUAGACGAAAUUCAUGAGAAGAACAACAAGUGGUCCUGGGAAUAUUUUAAAGAAAGACGAGAUGAUAGAAGGGCCUAUAUCAAGUAUUUCAAAUUGAAAAUCCAAGAUGAGCUGAGUAAUGUUGCUGUUGACCAGAAUACCCGAGAAGAGCUCCAAAAGUUGGAAGACAAGAUUAGUUAUGAGGAUAUCAAAUUAUAUCGAUCUCUCGCAAAGACACAAGCACGCAGGGAAAGGAUAAAAAACAUAAAGGUCACAGAUGAAAAUGCCAAAACCACUUCAGGUCCUGAUGGAGAAAAGAAGUUGGGAAGUGAAGAUUCAAAGGAAGACAAGGAGGAAGUUAUUGACCCGGAUGCUGCAACUCAGACAGACAGUACCACCCCUGUAAACAAAGGUUGGUUUAGUGGAUGGUGGGGCUCAGCUCAACCAGAGAAUGGGGAUUCUGAUUCCAACCCAGAAGGGAAUGUGGAAGCCAAUGAUUUGAUAAUGACUGAAGAACAGAAAAAGGAAUUAUUUGAGGCAAUUGAAUUCGAUGAACAGCAAGCCCUCACUGAAGCAAUUGACAUUCCGAAGGAUCGGGUUAAAUUGAAAUUAUUUGCUUCUUUGGAAAAGGGUUCCUUCAGAAUAAGAAAUAAGACAUCGAACUUGGCUGAAGUGAUGUGGGAAGGAUGUAAUUUUCAACUUUUCGAAAGACCAAAUUCGUUCCUAAGUAAGUUCACUCUUCAGGAAUUCAAAGUUGAGGAUGGUGAUGAUAGCUCAACUUUGUAUAAACAUAUUGUUAGUAUCAAGCCAAUGCAGCAAAAUAUUUCAACUGAAGCUGAUGUUGAUCCUCAUCCAAAUUCAGAAGGUGAAAGUGAAUCGAGAGAACCUUUCUUUCAGGUAUCCUUCGAGUCAAAUCCCUUGGAUGAAAGCGCUGAUUCUAAGUUGAUGGCAAAAAUGAAAAGUAUGACCAUCUUCUACCAUGCUGGUUUCAUCGAGAAAGUGGUCAAGUUUUUCACUCCUCCAAAGCAACAUCAAGACACAAUCAGUGCAAUAAUGAAUGCUGCCGAAGCUACAGUCGAAGGAAUCACGGCGCAAACAAAGCUUGGCCUUCGAUAUGCUUUGGAAGAACACAAAACUUUGAAUGCACAGCUUGAUUUACAAACACCGUUAAUAAUUUUGCCUUUGAAUCCUGAUGAUUGGAAGUCUCCUUGUGGGAUUAUUGAUGCCGGUCAUAUUAGUGUCAUGAGUGAUUUAAUUGAUAGAAAAAGGGCAGAUGAAUUAAAAGCAAAGCGGUCGACUGAUUUUAACGAUAUGGACUGGUCAAAGUUAAAAGAUCUUAUGUAUGACAAAUUUAAUUUACACUUGCAUGAUGCACAAUUCUUAAUUGGACCAACUAUCAAAUCAACAAUUGAGCAGCUACAUGAUGACAAUAGUGCCAUUGGGCUGGAGUGUCCUCCACCAGCAUUGAUUUUAAAGAAUUUUAAUACAAAUUUCUUAUUGCAAGUUUCGAUAUUGCCCCAUGCUUAUAACUUGACAAGAUUCAAGGUAUCAGGAGAUGUCCCAUUGAUUAAAGCAAAAAUGUCUGAUUAUCAGUAUAAGGUUAUACUCCAAUUAUUCAAAAAAAUAAUCCCUGAGUUUGAUGAGACUGGUUAUGUGGAUGAUGAAAUUUCAGAUGGCUAUUUCACUGAUGAUGGAGAUUCCUUGUUAGAUGUUUUUCAUAAUGCUCUAAAUGAAAAUGAAUUUAGCGAUGCAUUGUCAUUUAUUGACAGUGACGAUGGCAAUUAUUCUGACCAUGAUAAUACCAACUACAGAGAUAGUGUUGAUGAUCAUCCAUUGACGCUGCAAAAGGAAAGUAGAUCAACAACUGCUACCAGGCAACAUACUCCUACAGUAUCAAACCCAUUGCAAGAUACACAACACCAAUUUGAUUUUGAUUUCAAGGUGGGUGUCUUCAAUUUGUCAUUGUUGAAAUGUGAAAAGACAGCAUUUAAUCCACCCGAAGAAAUUGUCGAUUUAGUCUGUGAAAACUUUCAAAUGAUGUUUUUUAAGACCGCUAAAAAUAUUAAUGUGGAACUAUCAUUGUCAGAUGUUAAUUUCAUAGAUAAAAUCGAAAAAAGUGGUCCUGAAGAAUACAAAAAGAUUGUUUCUUCUAAUAACUUUACCAAAAAUGAUACAGUUAAUUAUCAGCAAAAUAAAAAGGAGGACUUGGUUAGAGUGAAAUAUUCUAGAACUCAGAGAAUAGUGGAAGUGAACAAUGAGGCUAUUGAAUUAUAUGAUCUGGAUUUGAACUUAAAUAUUGCUGCAGUCAAGGCAAUCAUCAAUAGAAGGAGGUUACUUACAAUUUAUACUUACAUCAUGACAACCUUUACAGACCCCAACACUGAGGAAACUCCAGCAGACCUUCUUCGUCAUAACACUGAGGAUAAUACCGAAAGUGCUCCACAAAUGAUGAACGUCACCAUUGGUCUUGAGCGUAUUAUUGUAAUUUUGCUUGAUGAGCAUGUUAAAUUGGCAACUCUUCAAUUGAAUACAGGAGAAAUAAAUGUUUUGCUAUUGCCGGAGAAGAUGAAAGUUCAGUUCCAAUUAGGUGCUUUAACUUUACACGAUGAGGUAAACGAAGGAUCACCAAGAGAUUCUGUUUCUAGAAGAUUAAUCAGUAUUGACGACAAUGAUUUGGCUGAAGUGCAGUAUGAAACUUUCGAUGCGACAACUAAUACAAACUUGUUUAGUUCCAGUAUCAAGUUUAAAACGGGCUCAAUGAGAAUUAACUUUGUUGAGGAACCCUGCAAGAAAAUUCUAGGCUAUGUCAUGAAUUUAUUGAAGAUGAAGGGACUUUUCGACUCUGCACGAGACUCCAACUAUAGUAGAAUAACACCUGCUCAACUAGACAAUAAUAUGAACAAUAGAAUGUCAUAUGAUAUUUUGAUCAAAACUCCAAUUAUAGUUUUCCCUAAAUUAGAUGGCACUGACUUGCAACAUUUCGAUGCUUUGACAGCUUACUUAGGGGAAUUCAAGGCAUCUAAUAGCUUCGAAAAGGUUACGGAAAUGAACGAUGAGAUCCUCACAAAGAUUGCUGCAAGUCUUACAUCCACAAGACUUACUUCAGAUUUCUAUUUUGAUGGGAAUAAACAGUUUUUGGAAAUUAUUGAUGGAAUUGAUAUGGAAUUUAAUAUUGAUAAUGGAUUUUCAGACCCAAGUAUUGGCCUGGAUAGGGCAUCAUCAAUAAUCACAGCCAAAAUGUCAGACUCGGAAAUGAAGCUUACCGAGUUUCAACUUGAAUAUUUGUUACAGUUGGUGCAAACAAUUCCUUCAGUUCUACAGUAUGAUAACGAGACUGACUUGUUGAAGCAAAUAGAAGAAGAUGCAGUCAGAGCCUCAUUGACCGUUCUGCCGGAAUACCUUGAUUCUCCAACUGUGAAUAAGGGAUCUAGUGAAGUUUUCAAUACAGGUGAAAAUAAACUGAUUGAGAUCAACGAGAACCACUUGAAGCUUGAUUUCAAGUUUAAGGCUGGGAAGUUGGCUUUAUCUAUUUAUAAUGAUACGAAAAAUGUCAAAAAUAUUGAAGAUGUUGAGGAACACAGAUUGUCCAGAUUUUCGUUGAAUGAUAUAGGAAUUGAUUUUCAAAUGAAAGAGAACUCUCAUUACAGCUCGAACAUACAUACUAGGUCUUUCACUAUUGAGGAUAUCAGAGUUAGAGAGAAUAAUUUGUUCAGAGAAAUUAUUCCAACCGUUGACCAUGACAACUAUCAAUUCAUGUGCAAAGUGGACACAGAUGGCCCUUGUGAAGAUAAGCAAAUAACUUGUCUGUUGAAUAUUGACAGUCCAAAGAUGAUUCUCGCAUUAGAUUAUUUGUUUUCAUUAAAGGAAUUCAUCUACAAGGGAUUUGGAAUGGCUAAAACCAAUGAUGAGAAUGAACUUGAUGACAAUCCAGAUUCAACCGGAGAUGAGGAUACAGACACUGUUUUAGAGAGUUUAAAUUUAAUAACAUCAACAGAAACCAAAAGUAGAUUCUAUUACUCAAUUAAUGUGGUUGAUUUUUCUGUUAUUUUACUCUCUGAUCCUACGGUGUCAAACACUGAAGCCAUUGUCUUGAAGUUAGAGCAGCUAUUGAUUUCAAGUCAGAAAACUACUACAAUAUUGGCGGACAACGUUGGUCUGUUCUUGUGUCGUAUGAAUGAUUAUGAGGGAAGCAGACUACGGAUCAUUAAUGAUUUUUCUGCAUCUUUCUCCUUUGAUUCUAGAAAUUCUACUCCGACGAAUCUCCUUAGUAGUGUUCAAAUUGCGAUUGAACCAUUGUUACUUCGUUUAUCCUUGAGCGAUAUUCGUUUGGCAUUGAAUAUUAUUAACAAAGCGUAUGAGUUGGCUGGUAUCACAUCAAGCAGAAUCGAAGUUGAAGAACAAAACUCAGGAUACACUGUCUUUACCAAGGAAUUUAGAAAAAAGUUAACCAAGGGCUUCUAUGUAGGCUCUAUCAACUCAAGUAUUUCUGGAAAAUCUUUGGUAACUAAAGCUAAUGAAAGUAAUUCGCAAGCCAUCAUUAAGGCCGAAACAUUGACAGCUGACUUUGAGGGCCUAAGACUUGUGAUUCUUGGUGAUGUUCAUGAAUUGCCUGUGAUUGACAUGAAUAUAAAUCAAUUUACUGUGCAUGCUGAGAAUUGGUCCACUACUCUUGACUUGAACGCUCAAAUUGAAUCUUAUGUCAAUAUAUUUAAUUAUGCUAGAUCGUCUUGGGAACCUCUCCUUGAGCCUUGGAAAGUUGGUCUUCAUGUUUCAAACACAUUGGGCAAAGAUGGUAAUACGCUUAAUGUGAAUGUCAUUUCAAGAGAAAUAGCUGAAGUUACAUUAACAUCAAGAGCUAUCACCUUAUUGUCGCAAAUGUACUCGUUAGUCUCCUUGGAUGCAAAUAUAGCUCCUCGUGGUACUAAUACUCCUUAUAUGAUUUUGAACCAGACGGGUUAUGACAUCAAUGUGUGGAUAGAUUCUGAUGAUAAAAAAUCGAGAACUAAUCGGAAAACCAUUCGACAAAAUCAGACUGUUCCUUGGGAGUUUGAAGAUUGGACUGAAAUUCGUGAGAAAUUGGACGUAGAUACUCAGAAGAAUUCUAUCGUCGUUGAGCUAAUUGGCUCACCGUAUAAAGCAAUUGAAUCAAUUUCAUUAAUUGGAGAAGGGGAGGAAUUGUUCAUGAUGACUCCUCCAAUUCAAGGUGUCCAUAAUAGACUUGCUUGUUCGAUUACUUUGACAAAAGAUAAUGUGAAACAGAUUGUUUUGAAGUCGACACUUACUGUUCACAAUACAUCAGGAGUUGGAAUUUUAAUUGGAAUUGGAUUGGCUUCUGACAGAGGUGUGAAUGAAAUAUAUCCUGUCGCUGCAGGUGAAUUAUUUUCCUUGCCAAUUGAUCAUGUUUAUAAGGAAGCAUUAGCAGUAAAACCUGAUCUUCCAAACUCCUCAUAUGGAUGGUCAUCAUCCCGAAUCCGGUGGAAGUCUCUUUAUGACAAGCCUUCUUUACUAGAGUGCGCUGCCAAUAGCGACAAACUGAAGGGUGAUAAUGUAUCAUUUUAUUUCCAAGUGGAUGCUGAAAGAUACUCCAAUAGUACUAGAAAAAUUUAUCCUCAUUUGAAGAUUGUUAUUUCCUCGCCAUUACAGAUCGAAAACUUAUUACCAUAUGACAUGAUGUAUCGUAUUUAUGAUAAGACAAUCAGAAAGUUUUGGUUAGUUCUGCUUAAGAAAGGUUCUUCAUCCAGUAUCCAUUUUGUUAACAUCAAAAAUCUUCUUUUGAUGAGCGUUGAACCCUUGAAUUGCGGCUUUCAAAAGUCUGAAUUUGUCAUAAUUCAUGCUCCUGAGGAAAGUGGCUUCCCAACGGACUCUAGGUUGGAUUUGAAACAUGAUGAUGGCCAGAAAUUGCAUCUUAAUAUAGAUUAUGGUGUUUCCAAGGAUGGUAAUAGCAACAGUGGCUUGAAUGUUACGAUUUACUCACCUUAUAUUAUCUUGAAUAGAACUGGUCAAAGUUUGAUUCUUGGAGAAAAAUACAAUGCUCUCCAUUCCAUUGCUACUUCAAGUUUAGAAGAUCCAAAUAAAAUGAAAUCCUCUCAACCAAAAAUGUUUUCUUUUGAAAAUGAUCAAGAUAGACAGAAUAGAGCAUUCUUGAGCGUUUCUGAUUCUGGAUGGAGCAGAGAGAUAAGUUUGGAUGCCAUUGGCCAAUUUUUCGAUCUUUCUAUGCCUGUUAAUGGCAGAAGAACAGAGAUCAAUGUGGGAAUUGAUAUUAAAGAAGGUGAAGGUAAAUAUCUAAAGUCUAAAGUGGUAACUAUUUCGCCAAGAUUUAUUAUUACCAACGACUUGAGUGAAGAACUCAAUAUUAACGAAAUUGGAUCCUCAAAGAUCUUGAGUAUCAAACCAGGAGAGUCACUACCGUUGAACCAAACGUGCAUCGGUGAAGACAAAGAGCUUAGAAUAAGAUUUUUGGGCUCAAAUUCUAAAUGGUCAUCCCCAUUUAGUGUCAAUGAUAUUGGUGAGAUAUUUUUAAAGAUAUUGAAGCAAGAAACAGGACACAUUCUUUUAAAAGUUGUUGUGAUCUUGGAAAACGCAACAUUAUUUAUUCGUUUUGAAGAUGCGGGGAAUCAUUGGCCAUAUUCUAUUAGAAAUUUUAGUAACACGGAAUUUGUUUUCUAUCAAAGUAAUCCUUAUAUUGAUGAACAAGGGGCACCAGUCAAGAAAGAUAGUCAUUUCAAACCUAUUUUUUACAAAAUUCCGCCAAAAAGUGUGAUGCCAUAUGCUUGGGAUUAUCCCGCGGGUAUUGUUAAGGAACUUGUUUUGAGAUCGCAUGGUAAAGACAAAAGCAUUCAAUUAGCAGAGAUUGGUAAUAUUGGUGUGAUGUAUCUCCCUCAGUUCAAAAAUUUGAUGGCCGCAGCUACUGAUAUUAAUAUUGUUGCUGAUGGCCCUACUCAAGCAUUAGUUAUAAGUGAUGCUGACCCUCUGAACAUAUACAGCAACUCCAACUCCAAUUCUAAAACUAAUUCUACCACUGCCAUUGAUACCGUUAGCAAGAUUGAAGCAAAGGAACAGGAACAUUAUUCGAUGAGGGUUGCCAUAAACUGUAAAGGUAUGGGGAUUUCUUUAAUUAAUUCCAAGCUACAAGAAUUGUGUUACAUUACGUAUAGGGGCCUUGAAAUCAAAUAUAAUGAAUCAGAGCUCUAUCAAACUUUUAUCUGGAAUUUAAAAUGGGUUCAAGUUGAUAAUCAGUUAUUUGGUGGGACUUAUCCUAUUGUUAUUUACCCAUCGGUUGUUCCACAAUCUAGUCAAGAGGUUGAAUCACAUCCAACGUUUCAUUUUUCUGUGAGCCGUGUUAAGGAUGAUAGUCAUGGUGUAUUAUAUAUUAAAUAUGCCACCUUGUUAUUACAGGAAAUCACAGUCGAUAUUGAUGAAGAUUUCCUAUUUGCGGUAUUGGAUUUCUCGAAGCUUCCGUUGGGUGUUGUCGAGGAAAAGAAACAAGAUGUAUUAUGUGAAGAAAUUAUCGAAUUACCAGCCCCAUCAAAGAGUAGAGUGGGCCAAGAUAUUUAUUUUGAAGCUCUUCACUUACAACCUACCCAAAUAAAUUUAUCAUUUGUGAGAACUGAAAGAGUGAAUGCUGCAAGCAACAAAACUGACUCUCAAAAUCCAUUGAUGUUCUUCUUUAAUGUGUUAACCAUGGCCAUUGGUAAUGUGAAUGAUGCUCCGAUUAAGUUGAAUGCUUUGUUUAUUGAAAAUAUUAGGGUUCCGAUUCCAAUUCUUGUGCACUCAAUCAAGACACACUACAGUCAGGAUUUCUUUUUCCAACUUCACAAAGUUCUUGGCUCCGCUGAUUUCUUGGGCAAUCCAGUGGGAUUAUUUAACAAUAUCAGUUCUGGUGUCAUGGACAUAUUCUACGAACCAUACCAAGGCUUGAUAAUGAAUGAUAGACCCCAAGAAUUGGGUAUUAGUAUCGCUAAAGGUGGGUUGAGUUUCUUGAAGAAAUCUGUGUUUGGUGUUUCUGAUAGUGUUGCUAAGUUUACAGGGUCAGUAGCAAAAGGUUUAUCUUUAGCUACUUUAGAUAAAGAUUAUCAGGAUAGAAGAAGAUAUAACUUGAGAAGAAACAGACCAAAACAUGCCCUAGUCGGGUUAAAAUCUGGAGCGACUUCACUCUUUGAGUCGUUGAGUAGUGGUGUUAGUGGAAUAGCGUUAGCACCAAUAGAAGGGGCAUCCACAGAAGGUACAUCUGGAUUCUUUAAGGGUAUUGGUAAAGGUAUUGUGGGCUUCCCUACAAAGGCUGCUAUCGGUGUGUUUGACUUGGCUUCCAGUGUUAGCGAAGGGAUCAGAAAUACUACAACUGCUUUUGAUAAUAAUGCUCUUGAAAAAGUUAGAUUACCGCGAGCAAUCAACCAUGACGGAAUUAUCAGACCCUAUUCCCCUGCAGAAUCUCAAGGUCAAUAUUGGUUGAAAACAAUCAAUGGAGGAGAGUUUUCAAACUCAGAAAUAUACUUGGCUCAUAUGGUUUUGCCUGGUGGUGAAUUAGUUAUUAUGAUUACUUUCAAUGAUAUCAUGUUGAUCUCCAUUAGUAAACAAGAGGUCAAGUGGAAGAUCAGUUUUGAGGAAAUUAAAUCAAUCGUGUUGGAGUCAACUGGAAUAAAAAUUAUAUUGUUUGAUAAUAGACCUGGUCCUUUUGUGCCUAUUCCUGAUCUUCAGUCCAAGAGGUACUUCUAUAAUCGUAUUGCUGUCGCUGUGAAUCAAUACAACAAGCACUCGCAAUCUGUUUUAUGA